CUGUCCACAGCUGCACGGCUGGUAAUCUAGUGUGGGCUGUACAAUUAUAACGAUUCCAUGUUAUGUCUGCCUGCUUGUGUAAAAAUGGUAAUAGAGAAAGGCACAUGUGUAUUGUUGGGUUUUUAACAUCAGUUCAUGUGGCGACGCACGGCGCGCCCGCGCCCCUCCGGUCGUCGGCAUCGCCCGAUUAUUUGGUAGUAAUGGUAGUUCCAUCCGCGCCCGUCUCGGAUAUUGACGUGUUUACGAUAAGAUUUUCCUCUGAAGUUGCUUUCAGUUGAGUACUUGAAACUUAAGUGUGGAAUUGUUGUGCAGUUGUUUGUUUGUUUAAGACUAUCUGAGUUGAUGGCAUAGACGAUAGUCUGACUGCUUCUGUUCUAUAAACUUUCAGAACAUGUGAUAUUAAGUUGCCAUGGAAGAGGAGAGCACAGCCUGCCCCGGCGAGGCCGGCCAGCUGACGGUCGACACGCAGACAACUGACGAUGUUCCUAGCACUGAAACAAAACCCGAAGGAGACCUCGCCACUAGUGUUGUAAAUGUAGAUAAUAAAGACGAAAGUGAUGAUAACAAGAAUAAAUGUAAUGGUGAAAACGAAAGUGAAAAUAAAAAAGUAGAGAGUAAAGUUAGUGUUGACACAGUAAAUACGGAAGGCAAGUGCUCCACGCCACUACCCAAGGAACCUUUCAUUGAGCAAGAGCCCGUCGAACCGAGUGAUGAUGCAAGGUCGUUGGGUGACCUAGAUAGCUUGCCAGCAGGAGACGAACUUGCUCUUGGCGCUGCUGGCAGUGACAGCGGAGUAGAAGGCUGUGGUCGUGCGCUCUCUAGUGGCGGUGGGUCCAGGUCGUGCGCUUCUAGUGUAGUCUCAUGUGGCUCUGGCUGCGGUUCUGAAAGCUCGUCACUCGCCGGCGCACCACCGCGUCCACGACGUCGCGUCAAUGUCAACGUCGCUGAGCCGAAACGAAGCUCACCUGUCAACUCGGCAGCGCCACGACCCGUGACGGCGCCGCGCGGCCCCAACCUGGCCACCCGUGAACGGGCUAGGAGUCGAGAAAAACCAACACCUCCUGAAAAGCCGCGACCGCUGACACCUAAACCACGAAUCCGGCCUACAGCUGACUUGCCAAAUCUUGUACGUGAGAGCCCUGCGUUACGUGCAAAACCUACCAAAACCUCGACAGCACGGUGCCGGACACCAAACUCGCCGAGUGAAGAGAAGAGAUGGCCAGCGAAUGGACCGCGGUUGACGACAGUAGCCGACGUUAACGCCACAAGAGCCACAGCCGAUAAAUAUGCGACACUGCCUCGUAGGAGACGUGAUGCGGAACCUGAUGGCUCUCCUAAACACGAGGGCACUCCUCCCUCAUCACGGCGUCCCACCGUCACACGAUCGGCUUCUUCGCGCACCACCAUCAAGACGCGGGUUCGCAUCUACGCAGAGAAGACCUCGCAGACAGUGCUGAACGGCACCGACAUCGAGUCAGCACUAGCGGGGAUUGUGCCAAAUAUUGAAAACCAUGUUGAAGUGUCCCGCUGUCACCGAGGCGUGCAGGCGAGCGCGCGGGAUACUGAGGCGGCGCGGCUGGCGAACGCGCUGGCGGCCGCGGCGGAGGAGCGGGAGCGGCGACAGCGGGCCGAGGCACAGCUGGCGGCGGAGCGGGCGGCGCGCCUCGCUGCCAUCGCCGAGCUGGACCGCAACUCGCAGAGACUGUUGGAACUCGCUGGCGCUGGCGCUGGUGCGGGCGCUGACGGCUGUCUCCGCGCGCUGGAGGAACAGCUGCGCUCUGCAGGCGAGCUGGCGGCCAGGCAGAGCGCCGAGAUAGACGCGCUGCGGGAACAGUGCAAUAAGCUCCACGUUGAGGCGUGCAGCGCCCGCGAGAGUGCUCGACUGGCCGAAGCUCGGCUGGGCGAGGCGGAGCGCGAGGCGGCCGAGAUGCAGGACUUCCUCGCCGCCGAGACUGGCGCGCUCAGCGACUCGCUGCGAGACGCGGAGGCUGAACUCGCCAGGGUUAACGCUGAUCUAGAACGAAGGCGUGCGGAGUGUCGCCAGUUGGUCCGCAUGUGCGAGCAGCGGCGCCAGGAGACGCUGGCGGCGGCGGCGCGGGGCCGCGGCGGGGCGCGCGCGCUCACUGCGCUGGACGCGCUCGGACACCGCCUCGCACGACUCACGCGCGCCGUGCAUCUCGCAUACACGCUGCCGCCCGACCAGGAACCCACCGUCUACCACAACGAACUCUACAGUCGCAGCGACAGUGGCGAGGCGCUGUCCCCCGAGGAGGAGGUGACGGGUGGCGGGCUACUGGCCAACGUGGCGCGCGCCCUGCGACACGUCGCGCCCCCGCCGGCGCCCGCGCCCCCUGCGCCCCCAGUACCACGGGACGACGACCGUUCACAUAUCUCUGAUGAUAACGACAACUCCGCCGACCUGCUCGACUCCGAGACCGAGCCGUGUCUCGUUACUGAUCCUGAAUGCGCUGAAGAAUGGUGGUCAGGCGCAGAAGGUGCUGGCGCGUGGAGCGGUGACGAGUUGUCGCCCGAGAGAGACUUCUAUGUGGAUGACAAAGAGCCGGAGUCAGCCUCAGUGUCGGAGCGCGAGUCGCUGCGCGCGCUGUCGGCGGCCAUAACGGCGCGGCAGCGCUGCGAGGAGGGCGGGGCGCGCGCGCGCGGCGCCGUGCUGCAGCGCGCGCUGUGGCUGGACGCGCGCCUGUCGGCCCUACUGCGGGCGCUGCAACAUGCUGCUGCCGCCGCCGCCGCCGCCGGCGACCCGCACGCCGAGAGACUCGCCACCGCACUACGGGAGAAAAUUGACAUGACAGAAAAGAACGUAGCCGACGUAGUUGUGAAGAAGCUAGCCGAGCUGGAUGCCAGUAAGAAUAUGAUGGACCAGUACAGGCAGUCCGUUGAUCCGCUCAAGAAGCAGCCGGUACAAGCCGAUGAGGAGGAUGAUAUAGAAGCUCUUGAGGAGGAGCUGUCUGCGUGCAGUGAGAGCGAGCGGCGCGCGCUGUACGUGUCGCUGGACGCGGCGCUGUCGGCGCUGGGCGCGGCGCCCGCCCGCUGGCCGCGCCUGGCCGCGCAGCGCGCCCGCCUCGAGCGCCUCGCCUUCGCCCUGGCCGCGCCCCCCGCGCCCCCGCCCGACCCCGCGCCCGCCGCGCCCCCGACCACCCUGGCGCCCCUGCAGAGCACAGCAUAACGCGCAAACACCACGCCUCGCAUUGCUCAACUACACACAGAGCCGACGGACAUGCCGUUUGUCCCAUAUGGGAUGUAAUGGUUUAGUUCCCGGCUCUGAUCAAUUUAUUGAGCUUCCUCCUUUACAUUAGUUAUGCUCUCACGGCACGUGCGACUCUCGUGGCCCCUGAUAAUACUUCCAUUUUGUCAUAUAUUGUAGCUAAGGAUAGUGAAAGACUAGUGUUCAUCGAUUGUAAUGUAUUGCAUUGCGGAGCUUAUGUGUGCCCUCCGCGGAAGUACGUCAUCCGUCCUGCUCAGUCUGCGACUAGAAUAAUAGGACCGACGUGCACGAAGAACGUUGCAAACUUAGAUAUUUGCACUAAAAUUAGGCGUAGAGUGGUUAUUGUUGAAAAACGGUCUAGUCGGAAAAUUGUUCAUGCCCUCUAAAUAGACAAAAUCAAUUGCUUGUAAUUUUACACAAGUGUGGUCUUUGUAUUUGACGAUAAAAAAGUAGGAAUGUUUAAGCAAUAACGUGAAAGUGUGUGUAAAUCAUGUUCGAUGGAUCUCAAUUCGCAAGGACGUACUCCAGAAAUUAUUGAUUCCACUAACAAUGCAAUGAUCAAGUGUCUGACGAUAGAACAACGUAGUGUCAUAUUGUAUACUUUCUCACUUUGGUUUCUGUACAAUUAUUAGAAUAAGCAUUAACAUUUUCAUUCCUAAUUGCAUUUAACGUUUCGUCUCAAUUCUUCAUUGCGAUGACAUUGUAUGGUUUGAAAUCAAAUUACUAAUUUAUAAGUUAACUUUUGUAAUGUUUUGUCCGAGUAGUCUAAGUAUUUUGUUAUCAUGUUUACAUGCCGCAUGCCGCACUGCGAGCUAGCUAUAUUACUGUAUGCAUCGCGUCCACUUCGGUGUCAUCCGUUCCCAUAUUACGACUAAAGUAUUUUAAGUGCCAUUAGUGUUUAGCUCUUGUUGUAUGUAGCUGAUCUUGGGUCUAAUCUACUAUUCACGUAAGCCAAACCUAUAAUUAUGUUACGUCACAAAAAUCGAGUAACCUCCGUCACAUUGCUCCCACCUUUAUGAACUUAAUGCACACGUAACUGUAUCACUUGUACAGCAUUUGUGUCAAUGCUAUGCAAGUCAUACAAGUUGCGACGUAAUGUAUAAAAGACAUCAACCAGACAUCGCAGAAAUUAUAAAUUUUCUAUACAUAUUAUAUUAACUAUGUAAAUAAAAUGGAUGGUACACAAAUAUAUCACAAUAUUUAUUUUUCUGAUCUAGUCAAUAACAUUCGAUAUUUUAAUUCGAUUUACAAUUAAAUAAAUUAUCAGAAAUCUUGUCUUGUAAUUAAAUAUAGGAAUGUAGUUCGAUGCAAUCCAAAUUAAGAUAUAAAAAAUAUUUUGUUGCCUUCAUCGAUUAUAUUUAGGUGACUAUAUCAAGACAAUUAGUUUAUUUAAACUGUACGUAAUGUUCCUACAUUACAGUUUGUGAAUCAAAACGCGUUGCAAGUUAGACAAAAUUGUAACAAAUGAGACUGAUAUUGUAUUUACGUUGAACGAGGUGACGGUCGUGUUGAAGUUUGGUAAAAUGAGUGUUAAGAUGUUGUUUUAGAUAAAUGACUUAUUGCAAGAAAUCUUAAAUAUGUGGCACAUUUACUAUAUCAAAUAUUAUGUGGUAUACUGCAAACGCUUCUAUGUAAAUAGUACAAAAUCAGUUAAAUCGCUUCGUCCAUCCACGUCGCUUGCUUCAGGUGCUAAUGAUACGUAAUCAUUAGGUAUAUACUUAACAAAUUAUUGACAGAAUUUAUUCCAACACCCAACUGCCCAAGUCAGUGGAAUAUAUCAUAGGUGAACUUGAAUUUAUUUUGAAUUAAAUCGAAAAGUAUGCGAUGUAAAUACAUUAGGGUAUGUAAAUAUAAAUAAAAUUAUUGAAAGUCA